AUCCGGAAGUUGAGUCAGUUAUUUGUUGCAGCCAGGCGUUCUGGUACUUGUAGUUCUUUUUUACGCCCAUCUUAGAUCUACACUCCUAUCACAACAUGCCAGGUGAAACCACCACAGAGACAGCCCCAGCAAUGGAGCUGCAACAGUCCCAGGCAGAGACCGUGUUGAGAUUUGAUGGGAGUUGUAUCGACAAACCAGUUUCACUACUUGAGGUUACCAAGGAAAUGGCUGAUCCAAACCCCACUGUAGCUGCCGAAGCAGUUCAAGAUUACACUGAGAAGGUUAAGGACAAGCAGAAUGAAGAAGAGAUUGUAAGCCCUGUUAAAGAAGAACCAACAACCCAAGACCAACCUACUGCUGUGCCAGAGGAAGACCGAGGGACCGCUGAGGAAGAUGUGCCAAAGGUUGCUGUUGAAGAACAAGCUAGGCAAGUAGUGCCAGUUCCUGAAGCCACCACGGAAGAGCAAGAAACUGCUUCAGAAUAUCUGACACCACCUGAAGUGGUUGAAGCCCCUGAGGUUGUGAGCGUUGCAGUCCAACAAAACGAAAAGGCCAGUCAGAGCGAGGAACCCAAGGUGAAGGUCCAGACUAAUGAUGUUAAUGGUCAUUCCAGGUCAUUUGCUAUUCAUUCAGAUCCAGAGCCCAUUGUGGUAAAGCCAGUGGUCAACAACAAGAAGGGGUCUGGCACAGAUUCUGACAGUGAUGACUCCGUACCAGACUUGGAGGAGCAGGACUCAACACAGACACAGCAGGCACAGCUUGCUGCAGCAGCUGAGAUCGACGAGGAGCCAGUCAGCAAAGCCAAGCAAAGUAGAAGUGAAAAGAAAGCCAGAAAGGCCAUGUCCAAGCUGGGCCUCCGUCAGGUGAUGGGCGUAACCAGGGUUACCAUCAGGAAGUCCAAGAACAUCCUGUUUGUCAUCCCCAAGCCAGAUGUCUACAAGAGCUCCGCCUCCGACACAUACAUCGUUUUCGGAGAGGCUAAGAUUGAGGACCUGUCCCAACAAGCUCAACUGGCAGCAGCAGAGAAGUUCAAGGUCCAGGGAGAAGACAGAAUGUCUAGCAUCCAGGAGAACACACAGACACCCACAGUACAGGAGGAGAGUGAAGAGGAAGAGGUUGAUGAGACUGGCGUGGAGGUGAAGGACAUUGAGCUGGUGAUGUCACAAGCCAACGUGUCUCGAGUGAAGGCUAUACGAGCGCUCAAGAACAACAACACCGAUAUUGUUAAUGCCAUCAUGGAGCUGACCAUGUAGAUGCCCAAGAACCAUGAGGACCCGGGUCCAGUCCAUCAUUAAACACGAGUAGAUGUGGUCUAUUCAAUUAAUUCCAAGGAUAAAAAUAAAAGUUGUGGAUUAAAAGGGGAUGGAAUAUUUCUUCUUCUGGUUACUGUUGUGUAUUUAUGUUUUCCCAUUUGUUGGUAAAUAAAAUGUUUUCCUCACAUUA